AGUGGAUUUGAACUCGCAGCCGGUGCGCAGCGGCAGCGGCAGCAGGAGGUUUGGAACCUUCGACUCUUCGGACGAACUUUUCUCUCUGGAGCAUCCGGGAGAUCCUUCCGAGAUGAUCCUCCUGAUCCAGAUCCAGAUCCUGAUCCUGAUGAGUCUCUGCAGCCUGACGGCGGGACAGACCGGUCCUCAGAGUUCUGGACCCGGGACCGUGGUGUCGGGUUCUGUGGUGGGUUCCCUGGCGGGCCGGGCGGUGCUGCCCUGCCACUUCCCCACUGUGCCGGACGUUCCCCCCGGCGGCGCCACGCCGGCCCCCGGCCCCCCCCGGGGCCAGGACCCGGAGCUCGAGCGGCCGGUCCGGAUCAAGUGGACCCGGCUGGACGGGGACACGGAGACGGUGGUGCUGGUGGCCCAGGGGGGCGUGGUCAAGGUGGGGCCGGAGUUCAAAGGUCACGUGUCGGUGCCCAGCCACCCGCGCUCCGUGGGCGACGCCUCGCUCAUCCUGGUGCGGCUGCGGGCGAGCGACGCCGGAACCUUCCGCUGCGAGGUGAUAUACGACAUGGAGCACCGGCAGAACACCGUGAGCCUGCACGUCACCGGUGUCGUGUUUCACUACCGCUCCAGCUCCAGCCGCUACACGCUGGACUUCGCCGCCGCCACCGCCGCGUGCCGCUCGGUGGACGCCUCCGUCGCCACGCCGGAGCAGCUGAGCGCCGCCUUCGAGGACGGGUUCGACCGCUGCGACGCCGGCUGGCUGGCCGACCAGUCGGUCCGGUACCCGAUCGCGACGCCGCGGCCCGGCUGUGAAGGGAACCUGCUGAACCGACCCGGCGUCCGGAGCUACGGCGUGCGCGACGCCGCCGAGCACUACGAUGUGUACUGCUACGUGGACAGGAUACACGGCGACGUCUUCUACCCGCCGUCCCUCCAGAGGAAGCUGAGCUGGCAGGAGGCGGCGGAGGAGUGCCGGCGGCUGGACGCCGCGCUGGCGUCGCCCGGCCAGCUGCACGCCGCCUGGAGGGCGGGGCUUAGCCGCUGCGACUACGGCUGGCUGUCUGACGGCAGCGUGCGCUACCCCAUCACCGUCCCGCUGCCGCAGUGUGGCGGCGGCCAGCUGGGCGUCCGGACGCUCUACCGCUAUGAGAACCAGACGGGGUUUCCCGCCAGGAGCGAGCGGCACGGAGCCUUCUGCUUCAAAGCCAAACUUCCAGAACCGACCUCAGCGAGUCCGGACGCCGUCCCGACUCCCGAACCGGAAGCAGCUGCUGUGAGGACCGGAGACCUGGAACCGGGCCCCCAUUCCCCCACCGAGGGCCCUCGGACAGGCCUCACCUCCCCCCACACCACCGCCCUGUCUACCCCCGGCUCCAUCCCUGGCCCCACCCCCGGCUCCACCCCUGGCCCCGCCCCCGGCUCCACCCCUGGCCCCGCCCCCAGCUCCACCGCCCUGCUGACCCCCACCACCAUCUUUGACGACUACGACGUCCGGGACUUCGCCAGCGUCCCCGGGGUGGAGUCGGUUCCGUUGAGAGGAGACUCUCUGGUUCCCCUGGCGUUCCCCCCGCUGCCCACCGCCCGGCCCCAGCCCGGCCGCCUGGACAUCUCCCUGGGGGGCCACGGGGACCAGGGGGUCACUCCGGAGCCGGGGGUUCCUCCCACCGCGGACGGCCUGCGGACGGCGCUGGUCUUCAAAGAGGACGUCGCUCCGGGGGCUGUCCCGACCUUUGACCUGGAGCAGUCCGGAGCCGCGGCUGCCGGAGAUGCAUCGGGCGUCCCGCCGGUUCACGUCAUCGUGGUCAACGUGCACAGCGACAACCAGUCAGUGGACCAGGUCCUGAGCUUCCUGAACCAGCCCACCAACGAGUCCCAGCCCGGGUUCCCGUUCUUCGGGGACCUGUCCCAGCUGACGGCCGGUCUGGACCUUGGCCCAGCGGACCCGGCGGACCCGGUGGACCCGGCGCCCGGCGACCUUCCUCAGACCAUCAGCUUCGUCAACGGGAAACACGAGGUCCGGUUUGAGCCGUUUGAGCCGGAGGAGGCGCGAGGCGACCAGUUCGAGACGGCGGCUCCGGUCCGGGUGGAGGAGGAGGUCCGGGAGGAGGAGGAGGAGGUCCGGGAGGAGGAGGAAGAGGACUCCGUCCUGCAUCCCUUCGACUACGGCGCCGUGGACAUCCCCACGGAGGACGGAACCGCAGACGGAACCGGCGAUUCCACCGACUCUGAGGGACUCUGGGACCCCGCCUCGCCUCCGGGGGCGGGGCCAGAAACCUCCGCCUCGCGGGACGGCUCCACGGACGGAGCCCCGCCCACUCCGGCCGCCGACCGCCUGGCUGCCGUGAGGACCGAUGAGACGGAGAUCGGAGGGACGGAGGUUCCGACCUCGGUCCCGGACAGCGAGUCCGGUCGGAACGUUGCCCCGACUCCAGCGGCGGACUCUGAGGGGUCGGCCUCCGGUCAGGACGAGGCGUCGGGACAGGAGCCGCCGGAGACAGGCGCAGUGCAGCAGGCCAGGGUUCCGGAAGGUUCCGGACCGUCUGGCGGUCCGGGAGAGCUCCGGGGAGCGGCGGCCGUCCAGCUGGCGGCGGCGUUUAGAGAUGAGACCACGACCGCAGAGAGUCUGACGGUCAGGUCCACCAGCUCCACCACCAGCUCCACCACCAGCUCCACCACCAGGUCCACCACCAGGUCCACGCAGUCCUCCGUCCACUCCGCCGCCUCCACCGCCUCGCCGCUCUACACCUUCGACGGCAGCACCCGGUCCGUACCCCACUGGGCUCUGGUCCCCGACCCGGCCGCCUCCACGGCGCCCGACCAGGACUACGCAGAAUACGACAAGGAGAUCCCAGCUUUCCUGGAGUCCCGGCCGUGGAACCCCGACGAGACCACCGAGACCCUUCAGACCCUGGAGACCCGGGAGACCCCGGAGACCCCGGAGACCCCAGAAACCCCGGCCACUCAUCCUGAGGUGGCGAGCGUCGUGAAUAUCAGAGACCUGCUGCCCUGUCCCAGUAACGUGUGUCAGAACGGAGGGUCCUGCUACCGGAACCGGGACCAGAACCAGUGUGUGUGUCCGCCUGGAUUCAGCGGAGCGCUGUGUGACCGAGAUGUCGACGAGUGUCUGUCCAACCCGUGUCUCAAUGGCGCCACCUGUGUGGACGGACAGAACUCCUUCAGCUGCCUGUGUCUGCCCAGCUACAGCGGAGAACUCUGCCAGCUGGACGUGGAGGCGUGCGGUCCGGGCUGGCAGAAGUUCCAGUCCAGCUGCUACCGGUACUUCCGGCAGCGGCGGACCUGGGACGCCGCCGAGCGGGAGUGUCGGCAGCAGGGAGCCCACCUGGCCAGCAUCCUGUCCCCCGAGGAGCAGGCCUUCGUCAACCGUCUGGGGACAGAUUACCAGUGGAUCGGCCUGAACGACCGCAUGUUCGAGAGAGACUUCAGGUGGACGGACGGACGGCCCAUGCAAUACGACCACUGGAGGCCGAACCAGCCAGACAGCUUCUUCCAGUCCGGGGAGGACUGUGUGGUGAUGAUCUGGCACGAGGGCGGCCAGUGGAACGACGUUCCCUGCAACUACCACCUGACCUUCACCUGCAAGAAGGGAACAGUGGCGUGCAGUCCGCCGCCCGAGGUGAGGAACGCUCGCGUGUUCGGGUCCAGGAAGGCUCGCUACGAGGUCAACACGCUGCUGCGCUACCACUGCAAGAAGGGCUUCAUCCAGAGACACGCCCCCACCAUCCGCUGCCGCGCCAACGGCCAAUGGGACGCCCCCAAAGUCAGCUGCACCAGCCCCGCUGCCUUCAACAAGUCAGUGAGCAUCCAUCAUCACCGGGACCAGCAGGAGGUCCAGGUCCACCAGACUCCACAGAACCGGGACCAGGAGCAGAACCAGAACCAGAACCAGGACCUGCUGCAGAGCCUCUGGAGCCCGUUCCAGAACCGAAUCCAGAAUCUGCUGAGGGAGAAGAAGCACGCCCGCCCUCAGGUCCAGACCGCACUCUGAUUGGUGGGUUUUCUCGGGUGACCAAUCACAGCCGGCUGUGUCGGUCUGGAGGCGGGACCAUCGUCUCGCUGAACUGUUCUUCAUAGAGAGAACUCUCACCUUCGAUUCAUCCAUUCAUCCCUUUGUUUUCUCCAACUUCACGUCCCUGAUCGGUUCCGUUUCCCCUGCAGUUCACAGUCCCUCCUCCAGGGGGCAGAUUCAGUCCAGAUCUAAGCAGAACAGCUGCCGGUGACUUCCUGACAGCAGGUGAAACGUUUCUGUAUUUUUGUGUUUGAAAAGAACGUUUCCACAAUUCAAUUGAAAACGCAGAACUUUGGUUAUGUUCUCGGUGUCUGUUUACACGACACUGAAAAUGCAACUUUUUGAAACCGCUGCGACUCCGUGUGGAGCCGCCGCCGGUCACCGUGGGGGACGGUUCUGAAGCUCAACAUGCUAACUCGGUUUUCUAAAUGUGAGUUUUCUCUGGAACCCUUGUCGUCUGAGCGAGGACCGGAGUGUCUCUGGCCUUUGACCUCUUGGAUCUGCUUUGUUCUGGACGUUCGACUCAUGGAGCCUCCGGUGUGGCUCCUUCUGGACUCAGACCUCCAUUUCAAAUCCAGACGUGUUUGGGUUUCUUGAUCCUGACUUCUUCUUCGGUUCCUUUUGGAUACCUUGACUCGUUCAGACUAAGCCUGGACCCCUUUAGGACCUGUUCUGGACGUAGACCUGAUGUCUUUUCAGAGAUCCCUGAUUUCAGACGUUGCGUUUCAGUGGUGACUCCUUCCAGCCUUCCGUCUGGACCCUGGAAUGCUGGGAAUUCCUUGUUCACUUGUGUUUUGGCUACUUUUUGACCAAAGUCUCAACAAAUCGACAAAAUUUAGACCAGAAACUCCAAUCUGUUGAAACCCAACAAGUAGUCCAGCAGUAGUCCAACUAGUCCAGUUCAAAGAAUGAAACCAGUCUCCCAUCCUUUCAAAGCUAUCCUGAAACCGGUAGCCGAGGACGACCCAACGGCUAGUCCUGGAACAGCUUAAAUUUAUUCCAGAGCUCGCCAAGACCUCGACAGAACCAGCCGAGAAACCAGAGAAACCAGAUCAGCACCAAGAAAUCACUUCAGUCAAUCUGCCGGUCCGAAACCAGCACCAAGCCACUCCCAGUCUGAAACCAGCACCAAGCCACUCCCAGUCUGAAACCAGCACCAAGCCACUCCCAGUCCGAAACCAGCACCAAACCACUCCCAUUCCGAAACCAGCACCAAGCCACUCCCAGUCUGAAACCAGCACCAAGCCACUCCCAGUCCAAAACCAGCAUGAAUCGCGAGUAAACUCCGGCCCAAGGCUGACUAAGGCUACGUUCAGACUGCAGGGCUUAAUGCUCAAUUCGGAUUUUUUUUGUGAAAUCCGAUUUUUUUGCGAGUUCGUUCACAUUUAUAAUUAAACGCGACUUGCAUGUGAUCUCCCGUCUGAGCUGAAAUACCACCCAAAAGUGUCCCGCAUGCGCAGAACAGGACAUUUACAUUCACCAAGAGAUACAGCAGGUGCCGGUAUGUACCUAAGCUGUUGGCCGCCACCCGCCAUUAUUCCAAAGAAGAAGAAGCUUCAGUGUUUGCGUAAGUAAACAUGGACGAUAGCGGUGCAGCGUAUUUUACCAUUCUGACGUUGUUGUCCAGCCGGAGCAAAACAUUUACAGCCUGAUUUUAAGAAGAAGUUUGAGAAGGAAGAGAGCCGAGUUUUUGGCCAUGGUGUUUUGUGGGGCAGUGGCAGCAACGUCCAUCCAGAGAAACGCAGCCAGGAGUGGUGGGGCAGUGAUGUGAGAGGCUUUAAUGAUACGGAGUUCAAUAAUAAUUUUCGGAUGACAAGAACUACCUUUAUGUACAUCUGCGAGCGCCGUUUUUUAACACUCACAGCAAGACACACGUCUUUGGUGCCCCAUAUCGUGACGUGUAGGUCGGAAAAAUGCAACCUGGCCGUUCAGACUGAAGUCGCAUGGCAAAAGAUCAGAGACGUAUCGGAUUUAGGACCACAUAUCCAAGUGGCCUGGGUCGCAUUUGAAAAAAUCGGAUCUGUGUUGUUCAGACUGUCAUGAAAAGAUCCGAUACAAGUUGUAUAGGGGCAAAAAAAAAUCGGAUUUGGGUCACUUCAGCCUGCAGUCUGAACGUAGCAGUCAGUCGACAACGCGUACAAAGCUAGCUGAGAAUUAGCCGCCGCCGCCGACUACAUCCAUUUUCCGUCCUGUUUCUCCUGCAGUCCUCGGCUGAUUUAAACUGUUUCAGUAUUAAAACGUGGUGAUUUGUGAGGACAGGGUUCGAUGUUGUAGCUUUUUAACCUUCAGUCUCGCUCCUGCUUAGCAACGGUUGCUAGGGCGGCCAUGAUCUUCUGCUUAGCAAUGGUUGCUAGGGCUGCUGUGAUCUUCUGCUCAGUGACGGUUGCUAGGGCAGCCGUGAUCUUCUGCUCAGCAACGGUUGCUAGGGCAGCCGUGAUCUUCUGCUCAGCAACGGUUGCUCGGGCGGUCGUGAUCUUCUGCUCAGCAACGGUUGCUCGGGCGGUCGUGAUCUUCUGCUCAGCAACGGUUGCUCGGGCGGUCGUGAUCUUCUGCUCAGCAACGGUUGCUAGGGCGGUCGUGAUCUUCUGCUCAGCAACGGUUGCUAGGGCGGUCGUGAUCUUCUGCUCAGCAACGGUUGCUAGGGCGGUCGUGAUCUUCUGCUCAGCAACGGUUGCUAGGGCGGUCGUGAUCUUCGGCUGUUUUUCGGUUCACCUCUGCAGCUCUCGCCUGAUAGGAACCGUUCAGACAUGGAAACGUGAAUGUUUUGGAGAACGUUCCUCCGGGUUACCUACAGCCACUCUGGUGUUUGCUUCAGGAGACGCAGGCUUUGUAGUUUUGGGUGUUUCUACUCAUUUUUCACGAGUACAUUUUAGUACAAAAACCAUUUCUUUGUUUAAAGAUGUAAAGUUGGGAAGACGAGCGGAGGAUUUGAAGAAAUAAUAAAGCCAUAUGAAUUUAACUUAUUGCACCACCAGAGGGCGCUGUGGUGUUGGUUCCAGCUCCUGGGAACCGAAGCGCUGUGGUUCCUGAAGCUGUUCCAGGUUCUCAGCGUUUCUCUGUUCCUCUGAUUGUUGGACUGCUUCUGUUGUAGCUUCUCGUGUUUCAUGUAAUCCUUUCUCUCCACGGUUCUGCCGCCGCUGUGUCAAAUAAAACCACG